AUGCUACCAUUAGCAACUGGAGGUGCAGGAAAUGUUAGGCCAGCUUCAGACAUAAGACUGAGCCUUGUAGCAUGCAAUUCUGAUUCAGUUCUAGAACAACACGUAUGCACAUUUGAAACAGAGCUAUCUGUGGAGAAAUCUGUUCGUAAAAGUCAAGUUGUGUAUGGUCAGAUCAUUGAAUUCAAAAACAAAGCUGCGGCUCUCGAUUUGAUUGGUGCCGAAAUCAUUAACCUCCACCUCACUCCCCACGCUCAUCGCCUCACUCCUCAGAUCUUGAAACCCCUCUUCCUCUUCACCGGGUUCAUCAUAUCCAGCCACCACCUCAUCCACAAAAUUAUCCCCGACCUCCUCCGAGCUCAACACAUCGACCUCGUUUCCGGAGGGAAAUUCCAGGACUUCGACCCUCCCCACAUUCCCAGCACGGCGGCGCUUGAGGUUGACCACGUAAGGGGAAGGAGACGGCGGGUAGGGCAGCGAAUGGUCGGGGAUGGGAGCCUGAUCAGGAGUGACGUAAAGACCGGGCGAUAUGUACAGGUGCCUCGGGGCCGCUUUUACCGGGUCGGCCUCGUCGCGUUCCCAGUGAAAAGGCUUCUUCUGAGUAUCUCGAACUCUGGGCUCGAACAGAUUAUCCAAGGCGAUGCUGGUGAAGGUCGGCAUGGCUUCAAACGGAUCAAUGGAGGAAUUUUAGGUUUUUAUUUUGGUUUCGCCGCCAUGGAGGAAGUUAGUGUAGAAGCAGAGAUCUCAAGUCAAGCAUUUGUAAUUUUAAAAACAAAAGAAGAAGCAGAUUAUGUCCUCUCUCGGUUAACCAAUAGAAGUCUUGUGCUGAGCGAUGGA